AGCAGUGCUUAUCCGCACCUGCAGAGAUUGGCAGCCAGCUUUCACACUUUCCAGGAUAGGGUGUGGCUAAGGUGAAAAGUGCAAGGCUGAACAAGGGAGCUGGCGGAGAAGUCCCAGGCGGUCUUUCCCGCAACUCCGCGCCGCAGACCCCCACGGCGGACCCCAUGGCGGACCACAGGUUCAGUGCCGUGUCCAGAGGGAAAUCCUGCUGCAACAUAUCCAAGAAAGCCCAGAUCUGUCUCUGCCUGGUUUUCGGUCUUCUGGUCGUGGUGAUCAUCGCGGUGGUGGUGGGGAUCCUGAUGUGGCACCAGCCGCCCAAGCACAAAGAGUGGAAGGGGGCGGGCACCACCGCUCAUUUUUACGAGAUAAUCCUGGGAAGGUGCUACACCUACACUCAAAUCGUGCGACCCGAGCUGGGACAUAAAGACUGCUCAAAGAUAGGGAAGGCAUUCACAAAUGCAUUUCUUUCUAAGGACCCUUGCAGCAGCACGGAGCAGGAUUAUCAGCCGCUGAUGGAACUGACCAAUCAAACUGUGCCUUGUAACAAGACCCUCCUUUGGAGCAAAACAAGGGACCUGGUGCAUGACUACGCCUGGGUCCAGCCGGACCUGUUCACGCUGGAGGACACGCUGCUGGGUUACAUGGCGGACGGCCUCACGUGGUGUGGAGACCCAGGCUCUAAUGAAAUGAACUAUCAAUCUUGUCCAGACUGGAGGAAAGACUGUAGCAACAACUCUGUUUCUAUAUUCUGGAACACUGUGUCCAAAAGGUUUGCAGGAGACGCCUGUGGUGUGGUCCAUGUGUUGCUCAAUGGGUCCAUCCGUAACACCUUUGAUGAAAAAAGCACUUUUGGGCGUGUGGAAGUCUUUAAUUUGCAUCCAGAGAAGGUUCAUAUGCUGCAGGCCUGGGUGGUGCAGGACAUCAGGACUAUUUCCAGUAACUCAUGUUCGAAUUCCUCCAUAAAAGAUCUGGAAGCGAUUCUAAGCAAAAGGAAUAUUACAUUUACCUGCCAAGAUAACUACAGGCCUAUCAGGCUUCUUCAGUGUGUGAAGGAUCCUGAGCAUUCAUCUUGCAGAUCUGAGAUAUGAGCCAAUCAGCAUGGUCGUUUUGGAUCUUUGAGCCUUGUGGUGCACAUCGGCACGGGUGACUCAGGAGACACGCUGCCGCUGGGAAGCUGAGGACUUGGGGGUUGGAUCUUCUGUCAUGAUGCCAACUCUAGAACUGGUAGCUUUUACCCCAAUGUUUUAAAGUAACUUACAUUAUUGGAAUAGUUUUUACUUUGAUUUCCUAAUACUCAUGAAAAAAUUAGGGUAUAAAAUUAAAAUGAAAAUUUUAUAUUGUUAUUUCAUUUUAA